AUGACAGGAGCACCGAUCGAUCCAUUCAGGAGGGCACAUGAUCUUCAGUUGCCACUUCUUACUCCGGAGGCACAGGAGCGAUUCACUACGUGGGCCCAGCACCGAUCUUUACAGGCCCCAGUUAUUCUUGAUCAGAGACCCCUUGUUGCAGCCGGGGUUUGGGCAGAUGUUGAGGCCUCGAUUAGGCCAUCUGCUAUGAGGCAUGACAGCCGCCUCAUUUUCACUCUUCUAGGUCAGCGACAUACUCUUACUGUCGCUGAGCUUGGGUGGAGAUUAGGCCUAUAUACUCAGGAGGAGAUCUCACAUUCAUCCUUUGCUGACCUUCCCAUUACUGUUCCUGAGGACUUUGACGUCCAGGCUUUUUGGACUGCACAUGCACGCACUGAUGCUCCUUUCGAGCAUCAGCUUAGUCGAGCUUCUGACUGGGCCGAGCCUUCCUGGAGGCUUCUCACAUUCCUGAUGUCCAUGAGCUACUUUGG